AUGCCAGUCAUGGAUGGAUUUGAGGUGGAAAGUAGCAUAAGUUAUGUUUAUCUUACAAAGAUUGAAGACAUCAAAUCAAUAUUGAACCUACCAAAUCUAAUUGGAGAAGAAGAAAUUAACUUAAGAAAGAACAUAGUAUUGUUUACAGAUUUUAUUCAAAACCUCACUAUCAAAACCAUAUUAGAAAAAAAUACCUUGGAUAUAUUCUCAUUAGCUGAUACUGAAACGAUCAAUGAAAUUAUGAACACACUCAAACUCCAUUUCAAUUAUCUACUAGAAAUUCAAAAUGAGCAAGAGAUAAACAAAAUUUCUAUACAUCCAAAUUCAAUAAUUUUAGUUCAACUAAUAAUCAUGACUACAAUAUAUAAAGUUUUAGAGUUAUUAACACGUUCAGCUACCAAAUAUGGGGUUGAACUGAAAACAAUAAACCUUUUAAAAGCAAAAAUAACAACUUACUAUAAAGAGAAUUUGAAAGAAAAGUUUCUGAAAAAUUUAGAGCAAUUUCAUCAUUUAAAUUUAGUUCAUAUAAAAAUGUUAUUUAGGGUACCAAAUAAUAAAACAGAUGGUGUUACUGAAGCUGGUGGUAAAAAUGCUCAGAAUAAGGUCAUGAUGAUUCCUUUGAAAAGAUGUAAUAAUUUAAAUGCUAUUUGUAAAGAAAAAUUAAACACUGAUAAAUUCAUUAUUGAUUUAAACCAUACUAUAAAACAUUUCAAUCAUAAUAUUAAUAUUGAUAAUUCUACAACAUCAACCAAUAAUGAACAGACAUCAGUGAAAGAUCAACUAGUCAUAUCAACAUCUAUCUUCUUAAAUGGAAGGAAUGGACGUACAUUAGCUUCAUUAAUUAAAUCUAAGAAUAUAACACUUCCUGAAAAUAUGAAGAUUAAAUUACUAGAAGCUAUUAAAAGAUCUGGUGAAAACUUGGAAGAGAAUUCAAUAUCCUCAAUAGAAAAUGAACGUGCUGAUAGGGAUAAUUUACAACAAGAUUUGUCUAUGGAUAUUGAUGUUGGAGGUAGUGCUGAAGUCGAAGAAUUUAAUAGAGUGCCUAAUUAUCAAAUAGAAGCAUCUGAUUUAGAGUCUGAUGCACCAGGGAUAACAUUUGGAGAGGAAAGAGAUGCUGAGUAUGAUAAUGAUAGUGAGCUAUCUAUUGAUGAUGAAUUAUCACAGGGCGUUACCCAGUAUCUAAACCAGAUAGAUGAUGCAAAUGCUGAGAAUCAACUAGAUGAUGAAGAAAAUAGAGAAGAAGAUGAUGAUAGUGGUGAUGAUGAAGAUGAAGAUGAAGAUGAAGAUGAAGAUGAAGAUGAAGAUGAAGAUGAAGAUGAAGAUGAAGAUUCACAAGGUACAUCAGACUCCCGGUUUUUAAAUAAUCUAGAUAUUUUGCAAACCUUAUCAAAUGAUGUAGAAUCAUCCUCUAUUUCCUCUCUCCUUUGGUUUAAAAAAAGAUAUCUUGACUACCUUAAAGCAAAUCCAGUUGAAAGUUUAAACGUAGACUUUAUAAAAGACUAUACAAAAGGUUUAAUUACAAAGUCCUAUGCAAACGGUUUAUUGAAAAGAGUUAGAAUGAUGGGAAUAAUGCUAAUGGGACCAAACGAGAGUGGUAAUCCCAUUACAAAGCUUCGUGAAAAUGGAGACCGUACCGUUAAAUCGUUUGAGGCUUCAUUUGCUAGAGGUAUUGAUGAAAUGGAAGAUUUAGAAUUGGACGACGAUGAAGAUGUUGCUAAUGCUGCAGAUAUUGGUAAUACUCAGUCUCAAGGAAAAUCAGCUAAAAAGUCACGUCGUGCUGAAUUGGAUAGAAUCAAAAGAAUUUUAAAAGAAAUUGAUAUUUCGUUUCGUCAUGUUGAUCGCUUCGAAGAAACACUCAUUAAUUUUCUUCUUGCAAGCCGUUUAGCUAGCAAAAUUGGUGUCUGUGCCAAAAGGUGCAGCACAUCGUAUUCCUAUCAUGUUCACCAAACAAUGUCAGUUCAUGAACAGCUCAAGCGAACAUGGAGUUGUCCUGUUUGUAAAACUGUUAAUUCUAUGGCUAGCUGUGAAUACUUCAUUUAUUUUAGUCCUCAACUUUUUAUACUUUCUGUAUUAAAUAACAAAACCACAUAUGAAAAAAUAUUGAAAGUUCAAAAAGAAGAUGUUGAUUCUUCAACAAUAGUCAAUUUUUAUAAUGGAGAAUAUGUUAAGAAGCUUAAAAAUGAAACUUUGAGAUCUGUUUUAUCUGAUGGUACUGUUCUAGAAUCUAACGAUACCCACUAUUUUGAACAUUUCACUCUAUCUUUUCACCUAAGUCUUGACGGAAUUUCUAUAGAUAAGAAAACUUCUGUUUGGCCUAUUCUAUUAAACCUGAUAGACUUGGGGGCUGAUAGCUCUGAUUUAUCCAAUAUGUGGAGGCUGAUGAUUUUGCCAUUAGCUAAACUUCCUUCAGAUUAUGUUGUGGAUUCAUAUAUGGAUUGCUUUUAUGAUGAUAUGGCCCAGUUGGAAACUCAAGGUAUGACAGCAUUAGAUCCAUUUGGUGUAGAAUUGAAAGUUUUUGGUAUAUUAGCAAAUAUAACAGGUGAUUUCCCAGCAGUGAGCAAAAUAUUACUUUCAACUGGUCAUAAUUCUCUCUGUCCCUGCAGGUAUUGCUUCCUAUACAAGAUGAUGUAUAUGACAAGCAAAAAAGGUCUGGAUGGAAAAAUGAUCUAUUCAGAUCCGUUUAGCAUCAAUAAGAUUCAAAUCAGAAACAAUUUUGAUCAGUUUCAUAAUGUAUAUAAUGCAACACGUUUUGAUUCAUUACGUGGUACAUCAGGAGUGGGUCAAGGGAUUCUUACCUUGAAUAGAGCUAAUUUUAAUUUAUUGAGAAAAGAUUUCACAACAAGGGAGCAAAUAAGAAACCUGGACCUUGAUAAAAACCCACAUCUAAGAACAAUAACUGGUUAUAAUAGAAUUGGUCGUCUUCUGACAUUCAGCAAAGCCUUUUCUCUUGGAUUUGGGCCUAUAAUGGACCCCUUACAUUCCAUUCUUGAGUUUUUUGUGAGAAAUUUCUUGAAUUUAUUGUUUAGAGAAAAUUAUGAGCAUAAACAUCUUUCAUUAACACAAUUUGAGAAAUCCAAAAUCAAGCAAUGUUUGUCAGUUUCUAAUGAGUUUCUUCCUUUCCAGUUUUCUAAGAAUUUUCAAGAUCUUGGUGAAUAUUUAUGUGCAGAUACUCUCCUGUAUGUUAUGCUUUUGCUUCCUGAUUUGAUUGAAUAUACCAGCUUGGAUGAUAAAUUGAAAGAUUUGAUUAAGACCUUGAGAAAGAUUGGUUGUUUUUUGUUUCAAAAUAAGGUUACAAGAGAAGAAAUAGAUUUGAUGGAUGAAAUUAUCAAAACAUUUGUUUUGAAAUUUGAAAAAUUGAUAAAGACACAUACCCCGGAAUUGAAAAAUUUUAGAUCGGUUUUCUUGCACGAGUUGAUUCAUGUGAAGGAAAUUUUAUUGAGUGUUGGUUCAUUGAAGUUUGCUAAUACCUUUAAGAAUGAACGUAUGGUUGGAAUAAUUAAAAAACAGCACCAUGGUACCAGAUCUAAUGGAAUUUCAUUAUCCAGAAAAGCUAUAGUAAGUUACAAUUUUUUUAAUGUUCUUGAUCGGUAUCUAGAGAAUAUGGAUUCACCAAUCAAGAACAAAACCUUUUUCAAUAUUAACUGUAUCAAAUCAUUAUCAAUUUCAAAACCUGGUGAUAUUUUAACAGAUUAUGAAAGACAGGCUGAAGUUGAGAAGCAAUUCCAUUUGUUAGAAGAGAAAAAAAACAACAAACAAAUCAAUUUUGAUACAAUUCCAGCAUCAGUGAAGCUUGCUGUUUUAAGAUUAAUUAAAAACGGACAAUUUCAGUUAUAUGAUGAUCAAGGUAAUGAAAUCCACAAAAUUAGGAUCUUUUCUAGAAGAACAUCAGAAAUAAGCUGUGUUUCAAAAACGCUCACAAUUCAAGCUCCAAAACUCAGCCAACAAAAUUUACAAGAGGUGGUUUCUGGACAACUCGGUUUAAAAGAUUCAAAACUAAGAAGAAAACAAUCAAGUGUAUUGAUCCACAAUUAUAUUACAACUGAUGGUAUCAAUCCAAUAGGAGAACUUUUCGAUAUUGAAAUGGAAUCUUAUUGUUGUUUAGGUCGUUGUCUAAGUAUCUAUAAAUGCCAAAUAAUAGAAAAUAAUGGGGAAAAGAAAGUAAAAGAUGAGUUUGAAUUGGGAUUGUUUAUGGUCUAUGAAACUGUGAAUGAUGAUGACUUGGAUCACCAUAAUUGGGUAGUUAAUCCUCUUACCUCUUAUAAGGUUGUUAAUGUGCUAUUAAAAGAUGUGAAAACCAUAGUGCACGAAUUGGAAGUGUUUGAUUUUGAUAAAAGUGUUUUGAGAAGAAGCAAAAGAGUUUUGGUUAGUAAACAAGCUUAUAUUAAUAGAAAAGAAGUUUUUGAUCCUUAA